AUGGCUGAGGGAGCAUUCCGAACAAAGUUGGGACCAAAAUACACGCCCAAGAGUCUCCUGACCCAAGUAGGAGAAAUGGAGUGGUGCGUGUCAAUGCCAAAGAUAGAACUCCAUGCUCACCUCAAUGGAUCCAUCAGAGACUUCACACUUCUAGACCUCGCUAGAGCUUUGGGUGACAAGGGUGUCAUAGAUUUCUCCCAGGUCGAGCAUGUGAUCCUUAAAAAUGACCGUUCAUUAAGUGAGGUAUUCAAGUUGUUUGACUUAAUUCACAUUGUUACGACUGAUCACUCAAGCAUCACCAGAAUUACCAAAGAAGUUGUUGAGGAUUUUGCAUCUGAGAAUGUUGUAUAUCUGGAGCUGAGAACCACACCAAAGAAAAAUGAUUCCCUAGGAAUGAGCAAACGCUCUUAUGUGGAAGCUGUACUUGAGGGUCUAAGAGCUGUCAGUUCAGUAGAUGUGGCUUUCAUUCCUUACAGCGAGGAACCUAUAAAUCUUUCAAGUCCACUCUCGGAUGAAAGUGAUAAAUGUAAUGGAAACACUAGAAAAAAGAUCUUUGUUAGGCUUCUCUUGAGCAUUGAUCGUAGGGAGACAACGGAAGCGGCAAUGGAAACUGUCAUGCUUGCACUGGAAAUGAGGCAUUUUGGGGUUGUUGGAAUUGACCUCUCUGGGAAUCCAGCUGUUGGUGAAUGGAUUACAUAUCUGCCAGCAUUGAAAUUUGCUCGAGAUCAAGGUCUUUAUGUAACUCUUCAUUGUGGAGAGGUAUCAAAUUCAAAGGAGAUACACAAUAUGCUUGACUUUCUUCCGGAGAGGAUUGGGCAUGCUUGUUUCUUCGAGGAGGAACAUUGGAGAAGGCUGAAGUCGUGUAACAUUCCGGUUGAAAUUUGUUUGACAUCAAAUAUUAGAACAUUGUCUGUUCCAACAAUAGAUGCACAUCAUUUUGUUGAUUUAUACAAUGCAAAACAUCCUUUAGUCCUGUGUACCGAUGACUCAGGCGUAUUUUCUACCAGUCUCUCCAACGAAUACAACAUUGCUGCUUCUACAUUUGGCCUUGGACAGAAGGAAAUGUUUGAGCUAUCAAAGAACGCUAUCAAGUUUAUAUUUGCAGAUAAUGUAGUAAAGGAGGAUUUAAGAAAAACUUUUGAUUCGGCAGCAAAGAAUUUGGAUUGGUUGGCUGGGAUUGGAUUGGUCCCUGAUAAAGACAGACAUGGCACGUGA